AUGAAAUUUUGCCGAUUACGUAAAUCAAGUUUGUAUAACCAAGUACUUUGUUUAGUAUUUGGAUCUUUGAUUGCCCUAAUAUCAAAUACUUGCAAAGUAUAUGGAAUUAUAAUCCAUGAUUUAAAAAUUUCCAUGUUUAAUGAUGAUUCAGCAUUAGCAUAUAUAUAUGGUAUUGGAGCAUUAGGUUAUUGUUUAUUACCUUCAGGGCUUUUAUUUUCAAAAUAUGGUUCACCUAAAGGUGUUUUACUAUAUGGUUUGCUAGUGACUUUGUUAGGAUACUUUUCUCUAGUAGUUUCUCAUAUUGGAUGCUUAAGUUAUAUGGAAAAUUUAAAUAGUGAUUUAUCUAAAACAUAUUGGGCUAUAUUGUUAUAUGGCUUAAGUAUUGCAUUAAUAUUACAGGGAGGUAUAUCUUUAAAUCUAGGUGCUUUAUGGACAAAUUUAGUUUGUUGGCCGACAUGUCAUAGUGGCUUAGUAACAUCUGUUCAACUUACACUUUAUAGUUUAGGAGGUUUUAUAAUGGCAGAAAUAUAUCACGACUUCUUUUUAUUAGAUGGUUAUAUAUGGCCAUUCUAUAUCUGCUAUUCUUCAAUAACCCUAAUAUUUGGAUCUAUUGGGAUUUAUUUCAUUGUAUUAACAGAAAAAAAUAUAAGAUGUCAAAAUAAGAUGACAUCUGAUAAUGAAUAUAGAGUAACAAUUGAUAAUAUUUCUAAUAUAAAAAUGGAAAAAAAAGAACAAAUAGAACAGGAUACAGUAUCUGAUAUUAAAGGAGAUAAUUUUACCAAUACAAUUUCUGAAUCAGAAAUAUCUAUUGACAACUCUUUUUCAGAAAUAAAUGUUUCAUAUAUAAAUGAUAUAAAUAGAACUAAAUCUUUGGAAUUUAAUAAUGAAGAAGACUUGAAUAACAAACUAGAUAAUAUGAUCAAUAAUUCUAAUUUGAAAAACGGGAAUAUGAUACCAAGUUUACUUAAAAAUAUAAAUUCUGAAAUUUAUUAUGACUUUACUCAUAAUGAUGAUCUUUGUGAUACUUGUAGUUCUACUUUAUAUCCAACAGAUAAUAAUAAAUAUGAUGAAAAAAAAGGAAACAAUUUAUUAGUAAUGAAUAGUAAUAAAUCUGAUAUAAUAGAUGAAAAGCUAAGAGUUAUAGAAUCAUUUAAUGAAUUGAAUAUUUCAGAUAAUUUAUCUAGUAAUUCAAAUAUAUCAAAUCUGUAUAUUACUGAUUGUGGAGAUACAUUACAUGGACUAAAACAAAAACUACAUCUAUUACUAAAGCUUGAAACUGUUUCAUUAAUUGGGAUGUAUUUAUUUACUAUAAGUACUGGACAAUUUUUUGGAGCUUUUUUACAAACAUUUACUUUUUAUUAUGUUCCAGGUUUAAGUCAUAAUACAGCAGUAAGGAUUACUCAAAUUCUUACAGUUGUGGAAUUAAUAGUUAGAAUUUUGGUGGGAUUUAUUAGUGAUAUAUUGGAAAAGCAUGAUAUGUUAAAGCGUAGUACUCAAACAAUUAUUUUAAUACUUACAAUGACAUUUUCUCUAGUUCUUAUAAAGUACCUCCAACCAGUUUGGAUAGUUGUGGUAUUUGGAGUUGGUGUUUCUUAUGCUGGGUUAUACUCUAUAGCACCUGCUUAUAUAAGAGCAAUAUAUUCAGAAACAGACUUUGCUUUUAUAAAUUCAUUUUGUUAUUCAAUGGUAAUACCUGGUAACCUUAUACUUUCAUUUAUUUUAGCUAAUAUGCCAUCUAAAUAUACUGCAACCUUACAAAUUGUAGGAUUCUUAUCAAUUCUUCCAGCUGUAUUAAUGAUUAUGUUUAAAAUAGAUGAAAUUAGAUCUAAUAAUAUUAAAAGAAAAAGUAUAAUAGAGAAAGAUUACAAUAUAGAAGUGGAAAAUAAAAAAAAUACAAGAUGA